CUAUGAGAAGAACUCUUCCUGGAAGUGAUGUCAAGGGAAACAAUGCGCGUUCAACCAGUUUGUUUCACCAGGAAAUACUCUUGAAGUCAGACGUCUGACUCAACACAACUGGAGUAGAAGUGGAUUUACUCUCUGAUCAGAUUGGAGGUGUUGUUUCCCAAUCAGAAGCAUCACACAGCCAAGAUGAAAUUAAAAGUGAAGGCCCUCAUUGUCCUGCUGUGUGUGACUACUAUCUAUGUGUCUUGGAGAGGAUAUAAGUCAUUCUCCCUGCCUCAGGACGAAAGACUCUGUGCAUGUGAGCGAUGUUUAUCUGAAGAUGAUCUGUGGUUUAUUAAGCAUUUCAACAAAUCUGUUGAACCAUUUUUGUCAGCAAACUACAAUCUCUCAGAGGACGUUUUCAACUGGUGGAAGGGUUUACAGGGUGAAAAGGGCAACUUGAGUACCUUCAGAGAAACAUUGGACAGGCUGUUUCUGCUGGUCCCACCCAGUCCAGAUGUUCUAGAAUCCAGUCCUGACCACUGCAGGACUUGUGCUGUGGUGGGGAAUUCUGGUAAUUUGAGGAGAUCACAUUAUGGACCUCUCAUUGAUUUCCAUGAUGUCAUUAUAAGAAUAAACGAGGGUCAGACCAAAGGCUUUGAAGCAGAUGUUGGGACCAGAACAACUCAUCGUAUCAUGUAUCCAGAGAGUUCUGUGGAUAGUUUAGAUAACACCACUCAUCUUGUGCUGGCUCCAUUUAAUACGGUUGAUUUUGACUGGCUCAAUGGGGCCCUCACCACAGGAUUUAAAGCAAUGCCAGAAUGGAUAGUAAGAAGAAAGAUCAAAGCUAACAAGGAUUUAGUGAUGAUCCUUAAUCCAGCUUUCAUGAAGUAUGUUCAUGACAUGUGGCUGGAAAAUAAAGGUUAUUACCCCUCCACUGGCUUUCUGGCUUUGGUUCUUGCCCUUCAUAUCUGUGACGAGGUCAGUGUGUUUGGUUAUGGAGCAGACAGUGAUGGAAACUGGAGUCAUUACUGGGAAAAACUCAUGAACAAAAAGUUAAAAACUGGAGCACAUCCUGGAGAUACCGAGUAUAGAACGAUCCAGGAGCUAGAUAAGCAACAGAAACUCAAGUUUUAUACAGGGUUCUGAUGUUUCUCAACAUUUAAAGGAAGGUUAGUAGUAUGUAAUGCCAAAUGCCACUUCUGAAGGAUUAUUUGCAUGCAUUACUGACAAGUAGAGACACUAUGUGUUUACAUACAUGUAUAUACUCACAUAUAAAGCCAACUAUAGAAUGCACAAGUUAUGAAUGUGAAAAGUAAUUGCAGUCAUAAUUAAAGUCAUGGAUAAAAAUCUGUGUCAAAACACCUUGUGAAUAGGAAAGGAAAUGGCGAAGUAUACAGUGACUUGCGAAAGUAUUCGGCCCCCUUGAACGUUUCGACCUUUUGCCACAUUU